CGAGAGAGAGACGAAGCGUUGCGGUGCUGUAUUUAUAGUCAACGACCGGGAGAAGGCCAACAGCACAAACAAAGAAAUCCCCAAACAGUCACUUUUCUCCUGAUUCUCCCCUAACUGACUCCUCAGCCGUCCGAGCUACUUCUCACUGCUAUCGCUCUGUCCUUUUGGCGGUCGACGGUUACUGGACGUCGAUUCGUACUCCACGAAGGAUCCGAAAUCCACAGAUGGUAGAGUUCUAACAUGCAAAAUAGAAAAAAUGCAUCAAACAGAUCAGAUAUUGCUUGGAAGUAUGGAAUGGAAGUUGAUAAUAAUCCAAGAAAAAUCAUAUGUAGCUUCUGCAACAAAAUAAUAUCCUGUGGUGUUUAUCGCUUCAAACAACACCUAGCUUGUACUAGGAAAGAUGUGGAAGCAUGCAAGAGUGUACCCGUUGAAGUCAAGAUGGAAAUGGCUGAAGUUUUAACCCAGCUAAAGAAAUCUUCAAAAAGGAUAAUGAGGAAUGAGGAAGAGGAGGGAAUGAUAGAAAGUGAUCCACAUAAGAAGGGAAAGAUGGUCAAAGAAUCGAUCUCGAAUAAAACAAUUGGUAACACUCUGAAUUCUAAAAAGAAAUUAAGGGAUGAAGCUUGUCAACAAAUUGUUAGAUUUUUUCGCACAAGUGGCAUUCCCUUUAGUUGUGCAAAAAAUCCAGAAUUUGCAAAAAUGUUUGAAUUUGUUGGAAAAUGUGGUUCAGAAUUUAUACCUCCUUCCUACCAUGAGCUUGAAAAUUCUUCUCUAGAAAAAGAAAUGAAAAAUACAAUUGAUAUACUCGAGGAGUACAGAUAUGAGUGGAAGAAGACAGGUUGCUCAAUAAUAUGUGAUGAAUGGACAGAUAUGAAGGGAAAGUUUUACUGUAAUUUUUUGGUGAAUAAUCCAGCGGGUACUAUUUUUAUGAAAUCUAUUGAUACAUCUGGCUUUUCAGAAACAACUGAAAAUAUUUUUGAGGUAUUGGAGGAAAUACUUGAAAAGGUUGGAGAAGAGAAUGUUGUUCAAGUGAUGACUAACAAUACUGGAAAUUAUAAGGUUGCUGCGAAGAUGUUGAUAGAAAAGAGAAAAAAAAUAGUUUGGAGCCCUUGUGUCAUCCGACUGUUAGAUGAAAUUUUAGAAGAUUUUGAGAAAAACUUGUCACAUCAUGGGAUAACUAUUGCUAAAGGUAAAAAGAUUACUACAUUCAUUUAUUCAAGAAUCGAAAUUAUUUCGACGUUAAGGAAUUUCACUAAAGGCAAGGAUUUCAUUGGACCAACUACUACUCCAUCUGCUACUGCAUAUUUGACUUUGUUAUAUCUUUUUGAUAUUAAAGAUGCACUUAUUACAAUGUGUUCAAUGCGGAUGUUGAAGUCCGAAGAAGUACAACAAAUAGUUCAGGAUCAUGGAUUUUGGAAUGACAUAGUUGAUUGUUUGAACUUUGCUCUUCCUAUCAUUGAAGUAAUUUUGAAGAUAGAUUCUGAUGAGAAACCAACCAUGGGAUUCAUAUAUGAAGAGACAAAAUGUGCAAAAAAUAGAAUUCUAUCAUUGAAUAAUACGAAAGGGUUUGAGACCAUUUGUAAAAUAAUUAAAGAGAGAUGGAAUCCACUACUUCACCCACUAUAUUCAGCAAGUUAUUUUUUGAACCCUCAAUUGUACCGUCCUGAUCGCACUUUCGAGAAUCCAAAUGAUCAUAUUGAUUGGUUAAUAACUAUGUUAACCAAUGAUGAUUCGACGAAAGAAAAUCAGGCAAAGAUAACAAGUCAACUUAAUUAUUUUCAACUAGGUUCAGGAUUUUUACAAAGUGAGGCUGCAAUGAUGGUGAGACAUACAAAAGAUCCAGCUAAGUGGUGGGAUUCAUAUGGAAAGCAUUGUCCUGAGCUGCAAAGGAUGGCGAUUCGCCUAUUAAAUUUGACUUGUAGCUCUUGUGGAAGUGGACAAACUUGGAAUGCAUAUGAGCAAGUUUACCUAAAGAAAAGCAGCAGCUUGUAUCAAAAGAAGCUGAAUGAUUUGUUUCUUGUCAUUCAAAAUUUUAAAUCAAAAACCCAACAAGCUCGAACAAAAACAUUUGAGGGCAUUAAUCCUGAAGUGUUGUCCUAUGAAGAUGAAGAUGAAGAUGAAGAUGAAGAAUUGAUAACUGAAAAGGAAGUUGGCGAAGUAAGUGGAGCAAAGAAGGAUAUGCUUGUCAAUGUUGAUGUAGAUGAAGAUGUUAGUGAAGGAGUUUCCUUUCCUGGAAAUUAUAGUGGAAAUGAAGUCGAUACAUGUUUGUCUGAUCCUCAAAGUCAAGGUUCAGCAUCAGGAGUUCCCUUACCUGGAAAUCAUAGUGGAAAUGAAGUGGAUACAUGUUUGUCUAAUCCUCAAAGUCAAGGCUCACCAUCUGGAGUUCCCUUACCUGGAAAUCAUAGUGGAAAUGAAGUGGAUACAUGUUUGUCUAAUCCUCAAAGUCAAGGCUCACCAUCUGGAGUUCCCUUACCUGGAAAUCAUAGUGGAAAUGAAGUGGAUACAUGUUUGUAUAAACCUCAACCUCAAAGUGCAACAUCAGCUGGUUCACAUUUAUAUUCGGAAGAUUGGAUCCUUAGCAUCAUGAAUGAAACUUCUGAAAUGACAGCGACUAUGCGAGUUCCCUUACCUGGAAAUCAUGGUGGAAAUGAAGAUGAUACAAGUUGGUAUAUUCCUCAACCUAAGAGUGUAGCAUCAGCUGGUUCACAUUUAUAUCUGGAUCCUUGGUACCAUGACGGAAGCUUCUGUCAAUCACGGUGCAGAUGUGUGUUUCUACUUCUACAUUCAACUUCCUUCAGCUUCCUUUGGGGAAAAAAAAUAGAAAAAGAAAAACCGUUGAUUGGCUUAGCCUCUGUUUGUUGAUUGUCUGAACUUUGAUCUUCGUAUCAUGGAGAUACUUCUGAAGAUAUAUUCCGCUUCAGAAAAAAAAAUGGAAGGUCAUUUGUGAUGAAUUUUAUGAUAAAUUUUAUUAAAAAUUUGAGAUGAAUUUUGUGAGUAAAA